AUGAAAUCGUCAGAAAAGGUUAAUGAGAAAAUUGGUACAACAACACAAAUUAGGAGUUCUUUAAGUUCAGCAGUAAACAAAAGCAGCUAUUUACUUAAUCAAAUCAGCAAACUAUCCGCUGAUCAUGAUGUGACAGUUUCUGGCACAAUGAUUAAAGUAACCUACAAGAAAGCAUUAAAGCAUCAUUUUUCCUCACCCAAGUUUUUCGAUAGAUAUAAUUUAAAUGAUGAAAUACUUAGUAGAAAAAGUAUGAGUACUUUUGUAAACAAGUUAGAUUCUCAAAAUAUUCAAAGUGGAACUAAAGGAACUUUUUUAAGUAGAAAUAAAGUGUGUGGUGAUAAUAUAAUACUUUCGGAAAAUAAACCUGCUUACAUUAGGAAGGAUAUCAAACAUUCACUUUUUCAUUCCACACCGAAAUCAAAUUUAGAUGGAUGUGAAAGAGAUAAAAGAGAAUUUGUCAAUGAAUUAAGCUUUAUUGUAGAAUUAGAUAGGAAAAAUCACAAAAAAAAUCCACAUAUAAGUAUUUUUCAACCUAAACCUACCUUUGCCAUGGAUUCAAAUCAUCCAGCCACAAGUUACUCAGGUUUUAAUUCCAAACCACCCCAAUUAAAAAUGAAUUCAGAUGAAAUAUCUUCAAGGAAUAGUAUUAAAAUUCCAAAAGGUAUUACUAUAAUCAGGUUAAAAGGUAAUACUAGUACAAAAAAUGGUGAUAGUAGUAAUAUUGAAAGAAAUUUACAAGUAAAGCCGAAAACUAAGAAAGUUUUUAGUAAAAGUUGCUCGAGUGAAAUAAAAAACUAUCAAUUAGGGGAAAAAAGAAAAAUAAAUUUGGAUGAUGAAAUUGUAGCUACAAAAAUAAUUAAAAAAAAUGUUGAUGUGAAUUCUCAGUACAUAAAAAAGAAAAUUGUGAAACAGGUUAACAUACUAAAUAAAAAAACUAAUUCUAAUGAAACGAUAAAAAAUUCGUCAACUCUUCAAGAAAGCACGAUAAAUAAUUUGAAUUUAAAUACCAAGAAAGAAGUUUUAAUGGAAGAUCCUGAUCUUCCAGCAGGUUGGAAAAGAGUUGUUUUCAAAAGAUACGAAGGUACACCAAAAGAAAAAAAAAUUGUUUACAUUCACAGUCCCAAUGGGAAAAAAUUUCAAUUUAAAUGGAAACUUAAAAGAUAUUUAGAACAAACUAAAUCAAAACUCAAUCCUGAGCAAUUUCAUUUUGGUUUAUAUAAAAGGUCUAAACCGUAUACAGUGCCUUCUGUACCUGAAAAUGAAGAAAAAAUGUUGUCGGAAAAUGUUCAGUUAGAAACAGACAAUUCCAUUAUUAAAAUUGAUCCGGACAAAGAAGAAUCAUUGUCUGAGAUAGCUAGCAGCAAUGAAGAUAUUAUUUUAUCUGAAACAGACACUUCAAAAUUCGACCCCAACAAUGCUCCCAAGUUUAAAGAUCCUACAUUGCCUCCCGGUUGGAAAAGAUGUAUUAAAAUUCGAUCGUGUGGGAAAAGCGCUGGGAGAAUGGAAGUUAUCAUCGUCAGUCCGGAUGGUAAAAGACACAGAUCUAAGAAACAAUUAGAAAAUUACAUAUUGAAAAACAAAUUGAAUUUCAAUUCGGAGGAUUUUGAUUUUUCGGUAUUUGGAAAAACGAAAAAGACCAACAACAAUUUAAUAGUCGAAUCGAAGGAUACGUCGAACGUUUCGAAAAAAAAACCUAAACCUUCUUUGUCUUUGAGUGAUAGGCCAGUCCCCGAUUUGGAUAUAAACGGAUUAAAAAGUGCAAACAUAACCAGAGAAAGCGAAAUGAUUAACACAGUGAACGGUAUUAUGGUUUCCUGCGACUUAUCGUCUAGCAGAACAGAACGAAGACUCAGAUUACCUAAAAACGAACAUGAAAAAUUAUUGAAAAACUUUUUAGAGUCGCAAAACGAUGCGGAUGCGGAUGGGGAUGAUGCCCGUAAAACCAAAGAAUUCUUAAAAGAACUUUCAUCGAGAGCGUAUAAGAACUCGGUGAGUCCAGAAGCGGGUUUGCAGUAUGACGACAUAGCUAAUCUGGUCGAUAAAUCUCAAUGUUUGUCCUCGUUGAAAACUUUAAUACCCAAAAAAAUGACAUACAAAGAAUAUAUAAAAUUGAAUCGCCCUAAACAUUUCAUGUCGUUUACAUAA